AUGGCAAAAGCUUCCGUGAUUGCCCUUGUUUCCUUGGCAAUUUGCCUUUCGUCCUUCCUCAGCUUAUCCUAUGCCGAAGACCGCUUCUUCGUCGAAGGCAAAGUUUACUGUGACACUUGCCGUGUGGAAUUUGAGACCAGAAUCAGCGAACCUAUUAAAGGUGCAACAGUGAACUUGGAAUGCAGGAACCGUACCGUCGAUGGCAGUAUCACAUACAGCCGAGGGGCAACUACAGACGAAUUGGGCAAAUACAGCAUCGAAGUCGAGGGUGAUCACGCGGAAGAAAUUUGUGAAGUCAGUGUUACCAAGAGUCCCAGGGAAGAUUGUAAUGAAUUCAUGGAAGCAUGGAGAAAAGCCAGGGUUCUCCUCACCAAGAAGAAUGGAGUAAUCGCGCCCGUUAGAUUUGCCAACAGUCUUGGGUUCUUGAAGAAGAAAGCUGUCCCUGGUUGUGCUCAAGUUCUUAAAGAAAUGGGUUUCGUUCCUCUUCACUAAGGACAUUAAAGAUUUUUACUUGUAGCACACUUCACCUUUUACCUAUAUAAAAACAAUGUUUAGCAUCUUUUUUUGUUCAAUUAUGGGCAAACCUAGAUGCACUAAUGUAUUGAUCUUAAUAUAACAAUCUAUAAUUUCUUAUAUAAAUCGUGUUUUUAAUUUUUUAUCCCAA